ACUCGUUGUUUUUCUGUUACCAAGGAGGUGAAAACUUAUGUUCUAGUAUAUUAAUUGAAUUCCACAGAGAGAAAUUGGACAAAAAUGUGUUAAAUGAAUUACAGAGGGCGAUCAGAUGAGCUUGUAGUUUUUUAGAAUGUUAUUUUACGAAAAAAAUAUAUGUUAUUAUUCAUGAACUGCUUGCGAAUUCAACGCAUAAAACUGCCUUCAAAAUAUGCAUUCUAACUAUAUUAUAUACAAACGGAAUGACAUAUUUUCUUCUCAUUUCUCCUUUUUAUUUCUCACUCCACGUGCGAAUAUGCAAGUUUCAAAUAAAUAAAAUAAAAUACGGAGCUACCCUUUGGUAUGUUGUACAAUCCCGCGGACCUUAAGAAUAAGGAUGUUCUCAUUGAAAAUGCGCUUAACUCUCCAAUGAUUGAUUUGAAGAAGUUGCGACAGUACACAUGGUGUGGUGUUCCACAUCACCACCGCAAUAAGAUAUAUCGAUUGCUUUUCGAGGUAAAUUCUUUGCAAAACAGCACAUAUCACAAAGAAAUAAUCGAAAAUAACAAUGUGUACUUCCAGAAAAUCCUUAAUGUAAACGAAAUUUCUGGAAGUAGCAGCUGUUAUGUGUCUCAUAUGCAGUUCAAAGUUGACAUUGAUAGGAAGAUAGCCAAGCAAAUAGAAAUUGAUGUUGAUCGGAUACCAAGCCAGCAUCUAGUGUACAACAACAUAUCACUUCAAUUUAUUUAUGCUAACAUUUUGAAAGUCGUUGCAAAACGCCGACCAGCCAUCGGAUAUGUGCAAGGAAUGGCGGACCUGCUAAUUCCGCUCAUAGAGAUCUAUAAGAACGAAUUUUUCGUUGAGUCCACCGUGUACGCCACGUUCUCAAAAUUACUUGAUACAUUUCAGGACUACUUCGUGGAUGGGCAACAGGGCAUUACAAAGGCCAUAAAGAAAUUCAAGAAGAUACUUCGAAUGGUAGAUCCCAUUUUAUACACGCAUAUCAUCAAUAUUGGGCUCGAACUGCAUAUGUUUGCCUUUCGAUGGUUCAAUUGCUUGUUUGUACGAGAGUUUAAAAUAGAGUACUAUCUUUUGUUCCUGGACUCGAUGCUUGCCACAAGUAACUAUGAGCUCUUUGUGAUAUAUUUUGCUGUUUCUUUGAUAGUAAAUCUGAGAAAAGAAAUCCUUAGCCGAGACUUCAAUGACGUGUUGCUGUUUCUUCAGAGUCUUAACGAGCUUGAUUGGGAGUAUACUGAACUUAAAAUUCUAUUCGCAAGUGUCUACGUCAAUGUUAAUGUAUUUGAAGAAAAAUUUUACUACGAAUUUUGAUGUAUGUAAUUCUAAAUAAAUAAACCUAUUUAUACG